AUGACUUCUGGAGGUAAUCACAUUUAAGAGAAUUCAAGAAUAUAUCCAAGGUAGAUAUAAACUGAUAUCAAUUUUUAGACUGCCUUUGAUACUACACCUUAACAUUUUAUAUCACCACAUUAUUAUGAUUGGAGUUUAGAAUCACCACACAGAUUACUUGUCGAAGUUACCCUUAUAACAAGAACAGGUAAAUAAUUUAAAUUAUCAUUUUUAAAAGAUUUCUAUUGAACACUCUUGCAGUAGCUGCUUCUUAACUUUUGCAAUAAGAAUUAAAUUGUUUGCAUUUUAGGAUUCUAGUAUUUCUGUUAUAACAUUCUAAUAAAAUGAUGUAUAGGAACUUUAAACUGGUACAGGGAUAGAACAAUAACGUUUUCAAAAAAUCAAGAGUUUAAAGAUGCAACAAAUGGAUCAAUAACUUUGA